AUGUCCUUAGUUAUUAUACUGAUUACUUCUAUAGCUUUCUCCUGCUACAAUCCAAUUGUUGCAGCAGCAGCGCCUGCUAGUGAGUCAGAGGCAAGUGCGCUUCUCCACAGCGGGUGGUGGCCUAGCUCCGUUACCGGCGACACUCCCUUACCUCAUUGCGCGUGGCCCGGGGUAUCGUGCGAUGCCUCUGGGAGCGUCAACGGGAUUCGCUUGGCAACUGCGUACCCAAUAGGAGGUAAUUUCAGCAACAUGAACUUCUCUCUCCUUCCGAGCCUCACCUUUCUCCAACUCAUUUACAGCGGACUGGCUGGCAAAAUCCCCCUUCAAAUAUGUACUCUGUCAAGACUAACUCACCUUGACUUGUCCCACAAUUCUCUCACCGGCGAGUUGCCUCCUUGUGUCCAAAACCUCACCAGGCUUGAAAUACUUCAUAUCGGUCAUAAUCACAUCAGUGGUUCUAUCCCUCCCGAGCUGGGAAAUCUGGAGAGAUUGACCUACUUGGAUCUCGGGUUGAAUGCGCUCAGCGGUGCAGUCCCUUCGACUAUUGGUCUCUUGUAUAAUUUACGAUCUCUCAUAUUUAGCUCAAACGAAUUAGGUGGCUCUAUCCCUCUAGAACUUGGGAACCUCACAAAAUUGGAUGAUAUUGAUUUAAGUGGUAACAGCUUCACUGGUCCCAUUCUGUCGUCUAUAGGGAAUUUGACGAGCUUGACUUAUCUCUAUUUGCAAGGAAACGAAUUCAAUGGAUCUAUACCUCUGGAAAUAGGGAAUUUGAUGAGCUUGACUGAUCUCGGUUUGCAAGGAAACGAACUCAGUGGAUCUAUUCCUCCCGAAAUAGGGAAUUUGACAAGCUUGACUUAUCUCUCUUUGCAAGAAAACAAACUCGGUGGAUCUAUUCCUCCCGAAAUAGGGAAUUUGACAAGCUUGACUUAUCUCUCUUUGCAAGAAAACAAACUCGGUGGAUCUAUUCCUCCGGAAAUAGGGAAUUUGAGAAGCUUGACUUAUCUCUAUUUACAAGAAAACAAACUCGGUGGUUUAAUUCCAUCGGAAAUAGGCAAUUUAGAGAGCUUGAUCGAGCUAAAUUUACGGGAAAAUAUAUUUGAUGGUGUCAUCCCAUUGGAAAUAGGAGACGUGAGGAAUCUCGCAUUUCUAGAUUUGAGCUUGAACAACUUGGUUGGGAAAAUCCCUGUUGAACUUGAGAAUUUGAGCAGUUUAAGGGAUCUCGAUCUGCACAACAAUUCUCUUUCUGGCUCAAUUCCCACAUUUAAAAACAAUUACUUGUUACGUCGCCUCGACUUAUCAUACAAUCAUCUCAACGGCACAAUUCCAGAUAAUCUCAGGGCUGCUUUCCCUGAUACCGCUUUUCUUGGUAACGAAGAUUUGAACCAGUUUGACGAAACCCAAGCCCACAGAAGAAGGUCUAGCGUAAUUCAUUACAUGACGAGGUUCAUUCCACUGGCUGCAAUAUUCAUUUCCUUUAUAGUCGUUGGAUCUUGCUUCCUAUUUCGACGUGCAACAAAGAGCGUGCAAUCAAAGACUAUAGAGAAAAAUGGAAAUUUCUUGUCAAUAUGGAAUUAUGACGGGAGGAUUGCAUAUGAAGACAUAAUUAAUGCAACAGAGGACUUCGACAUCAAAUAUUGCAUCGGGACUGGCGGUUAUGGUAGCGUCUAUAGAGCACGAUUACCCAAUGGGAAAGUCGUGGCAUUAAAGAAACUUCACCGUCUUGAAGCGGAGGAUCCGUCCUUCGACAAGAGCUUUCGGAAUGAAGUGAAACACUUGACAGAAGUAAGGCAUAGAAGCAUCAUCAAGCUCCAUGGUUUCUGUUUACACAAGCGAUGCAUGUUCUUGGUUUAUGAAUACAUGGAAAGGGGAAGUCUAUUCUGUACUUUGAGAGUUGACGUCGAAGCGGUGGAAUUGGAUUGGUCCAAAAGAGUCGAUCUCGUUCGGGAUACGGCACAUGCUUUGUCUUACAUGCACCACGAUUGCACUCAGCCAAUUAUACAUCGAGACAUAUCUAGCAACAACAUCUUACUGAACAGCAAAAUGCAGGCUUUUGUAUCAGAUUUUGGCACCGCAAGGCUUCUAGAUACUGAUUCCUCGUCUAACUUCACCGCAAAUGUCGCUGGCACCUAUGGAUAUAUUGCACCGGAACUCGCAUAUACUUCGAUUGUUAAUGAGAAAUGCGACGUAUAUAGCUUUGGAGUGAUAGCAGUGGAAACGAUGAUGGGCGAGCAUCCAGGAGAUAUUGUAUCUACGUUGUGGACAUCCUGUGGAGAAGAUAUCAUGCUACAUAAAAUCUUAGAUCCGCGGUUACCUUAUCCAAGAGAGAACUCUAUCGCAAGAAGUAUUGUUCUGAUAGUUUCUCUUGCGCUUGCUUGCUCGAGUGCUAAUCCAAAGUCCCGACCAACUAUGAAGCAAGUCUCGGAAGCUUUUCUAGCUCGAAAGUUACCGUUGGCGAAGCCCUUCCAUGAGAUCUCAUUGGCUCAGCUCCGAGAUAACAACAGAUUAUGGUUGGAAGAUCGAUCAACAGAAGCUUCAUCAGGACUAAGCGAUGAGCAAGGCAAAACUCAGGCCUUCCUCUUCCAUAUGCUUCAUUUGAAUCCUGUAAGCAAACCCGUCGGCUUGCAUGUUCGCCAGCUGAUGACCGCAGCUACAUGGAUCGUUAUUGCCCUUGCUCUAUCCCACAACCGCCCUGUCAUUGCCGCGGGAACAGAGGCGGAUGCUCUUCGUCGCAGUGGGUGGUGGCCUGACUACAUUACGAGAAACACUUCCUUGUCACAUUGCAUGUGGUGGGGUAUUUCGUGUGACGAUUCUGGAAACGUCGUCGAAAUAAACAUGCCACCAAGAGGUUGCUACGGCCGCUGGUUCAGAAGUAAUUUGAGCAGCAUGAAUUUCUCUCUACUCCCGAAUCUCGGCUCUCUUCAGCUGCCUUAUAAUUACCUCACCGGUAUCACUCCCCUUCAAAUAUGUGCACUCCCAAAGCUUUGGCACCUUGAUUUGUCCAACAAUUACCUAACCGAAUUGGGGAAUCUAAAGAGUCUAAUCCACCUAGAUUUCAAUUUCAAUUUGCUUCCUGGCCCUAUCCCUCCGACUCUAACAAAAUUGAGGAACUUGACUCAUCUCUAUUUGCAAGGAAAUGCCUUCAAUGGAUCUAUUCCUCCGGAAAUAGGGAACUUAACAAACUUGGCAUAUCUGAGUAUGGAAGACAACAGAAUCGGUGGAUACAUCCCUCCAGAAUUGGGAAAUCUAAAGAGGCUGAUCCAUCUAGAUUUCAGUUUCAAUUCGCUUCAUGGCCUUAUCCCUCCGACUCUAGCGAAAUUGAGGAACUUGACUCAUCUCUAUUUGCAAGGAAAUGCCUUCAAUGGAUCUAUUCCUUCGGAAAUAGGGAACUUGACAAACUUGGCAUAUCUGAGUAUGGAAGACAACAUAAUCGGUGGAUAUAUCCCUCUCGAAUUGGGAAAUCUGAAGAAAUUGAUCUACCCGAAUCUCAAUUCCAAUUUGCUUCACAGCACGAUCCCUCUGACUCUUGGUGUCUAA